AUGGAUUUAAGAGUUGGUAAAAAAUACCGUAUUGGUCGUAAAAUUGGAUCUGGUUCCUUUGGUGAUAUUUACUUGGGAACAAACAUUAUUUCUGGUGAAGAAGUUGCCAUCAAAUUGGAAAACACCAAAGCUAAGCAUCCUCAAUUGGAAUAUGAAGCCAAAGUUUAUAAAGCUUUAAGUGGAGGUGUUGGUAUUCCAUUUGUUAGAUGGUAUGGUACUGAAUGUGAUUAUAAUGCCAUGGUUAUCGAUUUAUUGGGUCCUUCUUUGGAAGAUUUGUUCAACUACUGUAACCGUAAAUUCACUUAUAAGACUGUCUUGUUAUUGGCUGAUCAACUAAUCUGUCGUAUUGAAUAUAUCCAUGCCAGAUGUUUUAUUCAUCGUGAUAUCAAACCUGAUAAUUUCUUGAUGGGUAUCGGAAGAAGAGGAUCUCAAGUUAAUGUCAUUGAUUUUGGUUUAGCUAAGAAAUAUAGAGAUCCAAGAACUCAUUUACACAUUCCAUACAGAGAAAACAAAAAUUUAACUGGUACUGCAAGAUAUGCUAGUGUCAAUACUCAUUUGGGUAUUGAACAAAGUAGAAGGGAUGAUUUGGAAAGUUUGGGUUAUGUUUUGAUUUAUUUCUGUCGUGGUUCUUUACCAUGGCAAGGAUUGAAAGCUGCCACCAAAAGACAAAAAUAUGAUAGAAUUAUGGAAAAGAAAAUGACUACUCCAAAUAAUAUAUUGUGUAAAGGGUUACCUGGUGAAUUUUUGGAAUACAUGAAUUAUAUCAAGACUUUAAGAUUUGAUGAUAAACCUGACUACCCAUAUUUGAGAAAAUUGUUUAGAGAUUUGUUCAAGAAGGAAAAUUACAGAUAUGACUAUGUUUUUGACUGGACCUUGUAUAAAUUCCAACAAGAAAAACAAAGAGCUCAACAGGGUAAAAUUGCUGACGCUGAUAACCAAGAUCAACAACAGCAACAACAGCAGCAGCAACAAACUCAACCUCAAGGUCAAGGUCAACCACAAGGUCAAAUCCAACAAUCAAGUUCACAUCAACAAAUUCAAUCACAACAACAGCAACAACAAUUGGCUGCUCAACAAAAGUCUGGUGUUCCACAAUUGCAACAAUAUACUGAUCAACGUCUUCAAACUCAAAGAGCCAUGUAUCAACCAAGUCAAUCAUAUGCUGCUGCUAAUCCAAAAACACAGCAACCACCAGCACAAACUCAAGGUGGUAAUCCAGCAUGGCUUUAG